GAUGCUUUGGAUCUAGGACACGUACGAAUGUCUCCACUUUCGUUCAACGUAGUGGACCUACGAUAGCACUUUCCAGCACCCCAUCCACCAAUAAGAACGACUUUGGCAAGUGGGAAAAUCCUAAAAGCGGACUUGUCGCACUUUUUGGUCACCCAAAUGGUCUCCUAGUUGAAAAUUUGUAGCCAGCUGAUUGAUUCCACACUUCUUUUGCUGGCGUCCUCUCUUCUUCCUUUCUUUCGUUCUUAAUAAUCUAUUUAAUAUAAUACAACUGGAGAUGCCGCUUUUCAAAAGAAACCAGCAGGAGAUCCAACAUGAAGAAGUUGUUACUGAUCCAGUCUAUCGCACCUAUAAAAUUCGUUACUUCGGUCUGACGAUGUUGGUUCUCCUCAAUAUUGUCACUGCUUUAAAUUGGACCAUCUUUGCGCCAGCACCACAAUUCGCUGCAGACUACUUCAACACUUCGCUAUCUAGCAUCAAUUGGUUUGCAAAUGUCUAUCUGCUUUGCUAUCUUGUAUCCAGUCCAUUAUCGAGUUUGGCAUUCGAGCGAUACAGCUUGAAAUUCGGUAUUGUGACUGGAGCAGCACUGCAAUUGCUUGGAGCAUGGCUCCGCUAUUUUGCUACAUUCGUACAAAAUCAACAAGGCAAAUUUGCAUUGGCCAUGAUCGGUCAGAUUUUGUGCGCGCUAGCACAACCUUUUUUUCUCAAUGCCCCCACUCCAUAUGCUGCUACGUGGUUUACACCAGCAGCUAGAGCGACAGCUAAUAUGGCUGGAUCCAUCUCAAACCCUGUUGGUGUGGCUCUAGCAGACCUUAUUAUACCCGCGCUCAUCGUUGAUGAGUCUUCCCUACCCUUCGGUCUGCUUAUUGUUGCUUGUAUCACCACCGCUGUUGCUAUACCGACCGUCUUCAUUCCUCCGAGACCACGCACCCCGCCCUCGCCAAGUGCUGCUCGAGUGAAUAGCAGACCAUACUUGUCUGACCUCAAGUUGAUGAUCACCAACCGAAAUUAUCUUGUAUUGCUCUUCUGCUUUGCGACUUUUGUUGGUAUCUUCAAUGCCAUGUCAACUCUCUUGAACCAAAUUGUGACACCUUAUGGCUACAGCAACGAUGACGCUGGCUUUAUGGGCGUGGGCAUGAUUGUUGGAGGUUUGGUUGGAGCUAUUGCUAUGGCUAUCUUUGUCGACAAGACUAAGCUACACAAGAUUUCUAUCAAGAUUGCUUUGUUCCUAUCUGGUAUCAUGUACCUGGUCCUUCUUUUCGUCGUCAAAUCAGACAAUAUGAUUGCUAUAAUGGUUAUUUGUGUCUUGAUUGGUUUCUUGAACUUCAGUGCUCUACCUGUUGGUCUUGAGCUUGGAGUUGAAUGCACAUUCCCUGUGGCAGAGUCAGCUUCUAGCUCUACCUUGUGGGCAUCUGCACAAAUUCUUGGCAUCGUUUUUAUUGAGAUCAUGGACGCUCUACGAUAUCCCGAUGAUCAAGGCAACCCUAAUGGUAAUAUGAGGCGGGCCCUCAUCUUGGUUGCCGUUUUUGCUCUCGUGGCCGGUACGGUAUCUUUACUUUAUCGCGGCCGGAACUAUCGUAUGGAAAGUGAAGCUGCUGCCGAAGGCCCUGAAAAGGAUGGUAGUAACGUUGAAAUGCACGACAAGGCUGAAGAAGCAUAAACUUCAUCAUUCAUAAUUUAUUUCAUUUUAAUACAUGACAUGGCAUGACAUGACAUGAGUGAAGGAUGCCCUGGUUGCAAACUUAACUUGGGUAACUUAAAAAUAUGAUGAACGUAAACUGACCAUGUUGGGCGCAGACAAAUUGUUGU